AUGACACCCUCCGGGCCGGCCUUCUCCCGCCAUGGUCGACGGGCAGCCGGGGCUCGGUUGGCACUGCUUGCCGUUCUGGGAGCCGCUUUUUGCGGCAGCCGAUUGCAAAAACAGGCUCGGCCGGUUCCGGUUCGGCGAGCUUCUGCGGACACUGACGGAGACCCCGCCUCUUUCCAGGAAGGAGAUUUGGUCCGCGUGGAGAGUGACGCAAUCGAAGAGCCCCUGGAGCAGACCGUGGAGGGCUCGCGCUGGAUCACAUCGGAGGAUUCCGAGCUGCUGCAGGUGCCAUCCGAAGACCUCCGGCGCUGUGCUGCAGAACCUUGCGAGGACCCGAAUGGCGAUGGUGAGGGCGGCUGGCGGCUUCUCUCUCCGGAGACUUAG